AUGCGGCCAGCCAAUGUCAAUGGCAAUUUCACUGUUAAUCGUAUCAUUGCGGCCAGCAAUGGUGCCAUUUCUAGGCAAGGAAUGCUUGACAAGGAGACUAAGAUAGUCUUUGUGAGUGAAAAUCUCAAGAUAUUCAAUCAAGCUCUAGCAUCAAGAAAGAUAUUUCAUAGAAAUAUAAAUUUCACUAACAUAGAGCACGACCUGAUGGCUCUUGGAGUUGGUGGGAUGGAAAAAAUUUUUAAAGAAAUAUUUGAGAGGGUGUUUUCAAUUCGUAGUCUUGACCCUGAGCUAGCUCGACGAUUAAACAUAGCUCCUAUCAGGGGGAUACUUCUCUAUGGGCCACCUGGGACUGGAAAAACGUUGUUGGUAAAAACAAUUGCAAAAAUUAUUGAUGCCAAGCCACCUAAGGUCAUUGAUGGGCCUCAACUUCUGGCUAGUUUGGUUGGUGAAUCAGAAUCAAAAGUUAGAGAGCUGUUUCGUGAAGCUAGGGAGGAUUUCAAAAAAUAUGGAGAGCAAAGUCCCGUUCAUAUCAUUAUCUUUGAUGAAAUAGAUUCAAUUGCUCCGAAAAGGGGAACAACUCGCAUGGAGAAUGUGACUGACAGGAUAGUUAGCCAAUUGCUAGCCAUGAUUGAUGGCAUGACGGAACUAAAUAAUAUUCUUAUUGUGGGAACAACAAACAGAAUGGAAUUAAUUGAUGAAGCACUCUUGAGACCUGGAAGGCUUGAACUCCACAUGUAAAGUAGAACCUU